AUGCAUGUGCAUGUGCGUGUGGAGGAGGAUGUGCGUAUGGAUGUGCAUGUGCAUGUGCGUGUGGAGGAGGAUGUGCGUAUGGAUGUGCAUGUGCAUGUGGAUGUGCAGGCGGAUGUGCAUGUGGAUGUGCAUGUGGAUGUGCAUGUGGAUGUGCGUAUGGAUGUGCAUGUGGAUGUGCAUGUGCAUGUGGAUGUGCAUGUGGAUGUGCGUAUGGAUGUGCAUGUGCAUGUGGAUGUGCUUGUCCAACCAUCCGCUGCUGCUCCUAGAGCUGCUCCCGCUGGUGCUCUCAGUGCCGCUCGCAGAGGUGCUGCCCCCAGUGCUGCCAGCGCUUACGGUGCUCCCACCACUGAUGGAGCUUCCGGUGCCCCCACCACUGAUGGAGCUUCCGGUGCCCCCACCACUGAUGGAGCUUCCGGUGCCCCCACCACUGAUGGAGCUUCCGGUGCCCCCACCACUGAUGGAGCUUCCGGUGCCCCCACCACUGAUGGAGCUUCCGGUGCCCCCACCACUGAUGGAGCUCCCGGUGCUCCCCCCGCUGCUGCUGCUGGUGCUCUCGGAGACGGUGCUUACAUAUCCGAUAAUGAGAUUCUCGUUAGGGUCCGUGCUGCCGCUGCUGCCCGUGGUGGUGACCGUUUGGGUCAGGAGGCCGUCGCUCGCAUCCAGCAGCUCUCGCCGCACGGCGCCGCCCGCUGCGCAGCAGAGGGAGAGCGAGUGAAGCACUGCCAACGCGAGGGGUGUGCGGGAAUCAGUGCAGCGAAGCGUGGGGGAACAGCGAAGCGUGGGGGAACAGCGAAGCAUGGGGGAAACAGCAGCGAAGAAUGGGGGAAAUAG